AUGGAUACCAAACGAUUUACUCAAAGAUCAUGUUUCAUAUCAAAAGCUCUUGCAUUAAUAUUUCCAGAAAUUGAAAAAAUAGACUCAUUUGAUUAUUCAAAGAAAGACAUAAUGCUUAAGGUUGUUCAAGAAUUUGGAUUUUUACUUGAAUUUGCUUCUGAUGAGCUCAAAAACGAUAGAGAUAUUGUUUCGAAUUCAGUGAGAAAUCUUGCUUUUUCUCUUCAAUUCGCUUCUCCUGAUUUGAAGAAUGAUAGAGAAAUUGCGUUGAUAGCUGUUGUUCAAGACGGUUAUGCAUUGCAAUAUAUCUCUUCUGAAUUGCAGAGAGACAAAAUAGUUGUGUUAUCUGCUGUCAAUCAGAAUGGACAUGCACUUCAGUAUGCAUCAGACGAUUUGAAGAAUGAUAAAAAGAUAGUUUUAUCAGCUGUAAAAAAAAGUGGCUGUGCUCUCAGGUAUGCAUCUGACGAGUUAAAGAGUGAUAGGGAAGUUGUGUUGGCAGCAAUACAAGAAAAUAGUUGGGCUCUUCAAUUUGCAAACGAUGAGAUGAAAAGCUGUGAAGAAAUUGUGAUGAAAGCAAUCAAAGAACAGAAAGGUACCAUUCAAUUCGCUUCUAAAACGUUGUUGAGCGACAAACAAUUCCUAAUAGAAGCUCUCAAACUUGGAUGUGACAAUGUUCUUGAUUAUGCACCAACAGAAUUUAUUGAAGACAAGGAAUUCAUAUUACAAACCAUCAAGUAUCAAAAUGUUGGAGCAGUUCGAUUCUGUCAUUAUUGUCGAAACAAAGAAGUAAUAUUGGAAGCUGUGAAACAUAAUGGAUUUGCAUUAUGGUAUGCAAGUGAAGAGUUGCAGAAAGAUCCAGAACUAGUGAUGAAAGCUCUUCAAUGCAAUGGAUAUGUGUUGGAAUACAGUGUUGAAUUAUACCAAGAACGAAUCGAACAGUGCUACUAUGGUUCUUAUGUAGGUGUCUACAAUCAUGAUUGA